UUCACUUUCACGGGAUUGUUCCCUUGACGCUUUACGAACGUUGUCGACUUUUUUCCGCGCGCGGGAUUGAGAAAUACAGGUCACAGUCCUUGUAUAAAUACAUGUGACUCAGGCAGCCGGACAGUGAAAUAUUGCAUGCUCAUCACAUUUCGAUCAGCCUUGUACCCUGUCAGCUGAUCAAAAUGUCUGACGAGGGAGUUGAAACGCCUGCUGCAGCCACCGACGAAAAGGAAAUGGGAGAAGAAAAUGCUAUCAGUGACUCUGGAAAUGGCGACUCUACGAAGGAGCCCAAAAAGUUUUCGGUACAUAAGGUCAAAUUCGGACCGGAAUUGAACGAUCCUCUGGCAGAUACUGCCACAGACGAUGCAAACGAACCUUCUUCGCCUUCAAUUGAGGAUGGACAACCAAAAAGUCCAAUGACUCCCGAACAUUUCACCUUCGGAUAUGCCACGAACGAGGCCAUCCCAAUGACCAUCUUCUAUCGAAGUCAGCAUUCACAUGGGCACAGCGGGAAACAACGACCUACCCUACAAGAACUCCGUAAAGGCUUAGAAAAUGACAAGGCUGAAUUUGUCGAGCAGCCAGCCCCUCCGGAUGAUAAGAAAAUGGAGGAGGGUUCAGAUCCCUUAGAAGUAAGAAAUAGAAGUGUACUGAAUGCACCCAAGUUUGGCUGGAUCAAAGGUGUGCUGUUUGGCUGUCUACUCAACAUAUGGGGUGUUAUGCUGUAUUUGCGGCUUUCUUGGGUUGUUGGACAUGCUGGGAUAGGUUUGGCUACUGUCAUUGUGCUUUUGUCUGCUGUGGUAACUACUCUGACAACAUUGUCCAUGUCUGCUGUUUGUACCAAUGGUGAGGUCAAAGGAGGUGGGGCUUAUUAUCUCAUAUCCCGCAGUCUUGGACCUGAGUUUGGAGGCUCCAUAGGUGUAAUCUUCUCAGUUGCCAGUGCUGUAGCUACAGCAAUGUACGUGGUUGGUUUUGCAGAAACAGUGCGGGACAUCCUCAGGGAUAAUGAUUCCCUCAUGGUGGACGAGUCUAAUGAUAUUCGCAUUGUAGGCCUUAUCACUAUUCUUGUUCUCCUCGGCAUUACCAUGAUUGGCUUGCAAUGGGUUGUGCGAGCUCAAAUGAUACUUCUUAUUGUGUUAGUUAUUUCAAUUCUUAAUGUCAUGAUAGGAACCUUCAUUGGACCACAGUCAGAAGAUAGCAGAAUGAAAGGUUUUGUUGGCUACAAGAAAGAUCUCUUUGAGACCAAUUUUAACCCUGGUUAUAAAGAUGAAAGUUUUUUCUCAGUCUUUGCUGUGUUCUUUCCUGCUGCGACAGGAAUUCUAGCUGGGGUUAACAUAUCAGGUGAUCUCAAAAGUGUGCGCAAGGCAGUGCCGAAAGGAACAUUGUUGGCUAUCCUCAUCAGUACACUUGUUUACAUAAUGCUUGCCUGGUUUGUGGGUUCGUGCGUUGAAAGGGAAGCACUUGGUUUUGCUCCAGAGGUGUUGCAAAAUAGUACAAAUCAGUCGCUGGCGUCCUGUGCAGAACAGCAGUGUCAAUAUGGACUCUUAAAUGACUUCCAGUACACUUGUUUACAUAAUGCUUGCCUGUCGCUGGCGUCCUGUGCAGAACAGCAGUGUCAAUAUGGACUCUUAAAUGACUUCCAGGUAAUGGAGGAAGUGUCAGGCUGGGGACCAAUCGUGACAGCGGGAAUAUUUGCAUCCACCUUGUCAUCAGCACUCGCAAGUCUUGUUGGUGCACCCAAGGCAUUUCAAGCAGUUUGCAAAGAUAACCUGUUUCCUUACGUCUCGUUUUUUGGUGUUGGGUAUGGACCAGGCAAUGAACCCCGCCGAGGAUACAUCUUGGCUUUCUUCGUGGCUGCGGCUUUCAUUGCUAUCGGAGAUCUAAAUGUCAUUGCGCCAAUUAUUUCCAACUUCUUCCUCAUUGUGUACGCGCUCAUCAACUAUGCAGUGUUUGCAGCUUCUUUGGCUCGUUCUCCGGGAUGGCGUCCCUCAUUUAAGUACUACAAUCAGUGGGUGUCAUUGUUAGCGGCUCUGCUGUGCCUAGCCAUGAUGUUCCUCAUUAACUGGUGGGCAGCUCUGUUGACAAUAGUCAUUGUGACGAUACUCUACAAGUAUGUCGACUUCACAAAGCCUCAGGUUAACUGGGGAUCCUCUGCGCAGGCGUACACCUUCGUCCAGGCCCUGCGCUAUACUCGCCGGCUCGAUGGAAUAAGCGAUCACGUGAAAAAUUUCCGUCCACACUGCCUGGUACUGACGGGAAGUCCUCAGGAGCGGCCUAACUUGACAUACCUUGUGUCACAGAUCACCAAAAAUGUCAGUCUGAUGGUGUACGCUAAUGUAGUUAACAAGCCUUUCGGAAAGAUGCGUGCAGACGAUGCGGACGCUAGGUGGAUUAGAGAACACAAAAUCAAAGCUUUCCGCGCAAUGACUACAGAAAUCUCAAUUUACAAACCCUAACGGACGAAUUGAACUCUACGGAUCUUUAUUCCUUUCCUCGAGUAAGCACCCCGAGGCACUUCAGUAUUUGAUAAAACAAACGUCAGUUGUGC